GGGAGGAGAGCAUCCUCCCCCGUCAAUCAUGCUGCUGGUGUGAGGCGUGCGUAAAGACGCGUAUAGACACGCUCCGGCAGUCGGUGUUGGACCGGACCACUAUUCCGGUGCCACACGGGAUAUGGUUCGGACCACCGAGUGGUGCAGGCAUCUGAAGGAGCCUGUCUGAGCAGCACUGCCGGUGACACGCUGCGUUCACGCAAGGCGGGGUGAAAAAGGAGGGGGAAGCCUCCUCCGCUGGAGAGGCAGACAAUGCGGCUCGUCGAUGCGCUCGUUGCUGCUCGCAAAUAAAAGCAGGCUGCGGGAAAGUGAAAUGGAAACGGAAUGCGUCGUGACUUGGUUUUCUUGAUUUAUUUUCGGAUUUGGGAUUCUCGCUGAAUAUUUUUCCUGCACGUCUUGGUUACUAAGGAACAAAGCAAAGAUGAAAUUUCCCAUAGAAAACCCGACAAAACAAGUAAACUGGGACCCCGAACAAGUGGCGGUCCAGACCCACUUGGCCCCGCCCAAAAAGAUGCAGCCGGGCAUGGUGAAGUCCAGCCUGGUCCAUGCAAGCGUGGCCACCAUGCAGAAUCCCAUGGGCUACGACCCGAGGACCAACGGUCACUGUGCGCUGCCACGCCUCUCCAUCUCCUCGCGGUCCGCCAGCAUGGUGGCUAGCCUGGACGCCGGCAGCGACGGCUCAGUCCCGGUGCUCCAGUCCGUCAUGAAGUGGAAGACGGUGAUGGCCGUGUUUGUGGUGGUUGUCCUCUACCUGGUGGCCGGAGCUCUGGCCUUCAAGGCUCUGGAACAGCCCUUUGAGAGCAACCAGAAGACCAGCAUCACCCUGGAAAAGGCCUCUUUUCUGGAGAGGCACCCGUGUGUGACUCCUAGUGAGCUGGAUGCCAUCAUCAAGCAUGCUAUCGAUGCUGUGAGCGCAGGAGUGAGGCCUAUCGGAGAAACAAACAACUCCAGUUACUGGGAUAUGGGCAGCGCCUUCUUCUUUGCUGGAACUGUCAUCACAACCAUUGGUUAUGGAAACAUCGCUCCCAGCACGGAAGGCGGGAAGAUCUUCUGCAUUCUUUAUGCCAUAUUUGGCAUCCCUCUCUUUGGCUUUCUGUUGGCGGGGAUCGGCGACCAGCUGGGGACCAUUUUUGUGAAAAGCAUCUUGCGAGUUGAAAAGAUAUUCAGGCAAAAACACCGACAGAUCAGCCAGACAAAGAUAAGAGUGACGUCCGCCAUCUUGUUUAUCCUCGCCGGCUGCAUCGUCUUCGUCACCAUCCCCGCUGUCAUCUUCAAGCACAUCGAGGGCUGGACCACCCUGGAGUCCAUCUACUUCGUGGUGAUCACCCUCACCACCGUGGGGAUCGGCGACUACGUGGCAGGUGGAAAUCGUACCAUCGAAUACAGGACCUGGUACAAGCCUCUGGUGUGGUUCUGGAUCCUUGUAGGGUUGGCGUACUUUGCCGCUGUGCUCAGCAUGAUCGGAGACUGGCUGAGAGUUCUUUCUAAAAAGACCAAAGAAGAGGUCGGGGAGUUCAAAGCUCAUGCAGCUGAGUGGAAGGCCAACGUCAGAGCCGAGUUCCGGGAAACACGCCGCCGCCUGAGCGUCGAGAUCCACGACAAGCUGCAGCGGGCCGCCACCAUCCGCAGCAUGGAGCGCCGUCAGCUGGGCCUGGAGCAGCGCGCUCAUUCGCUCGACGUUCUUUCCCCAGAGAAGCGGGCCAUGUUCGCCAGCCUGGACGCCGGCCGCUUCAAGACUUCCUCCCAGGAGAGCAUCAACGGCAAACUGAACAACCUGAGGCUGAAGGGCGCCUGCGAGACGUACGACCAGCAGGGGAGCGAGCAAACGGCGCAGACAGCGUCUUCCUCAGAGGAGAACCUCUUCAACCUGCGCUUCGGGUCGCUCACCAAGCUGGCCAGGCGCAACAAGAACCUGUGCAGGAACAUCCCCGGAGAUUCCCGACGCACCAGCACGGUCAUCAACACGCCCCUGCCGGGGGAGGACGACGGCGAGCCAGAGGAAGAAAGCAGAGAAAAGAAGGAGGAAAACACCAGUCUGUCAAACCUGGCGCAGUACGCCGCCGAGCGCACCAGGCUGAACGGGCUCACGCCAACACAGGCCAAGGACCGAGAGAACGAUUAGAUAUCAAAUGCAUGAACACUUCAGCUGCAGACAUAGACUGUAGAAAGAGACCGAAUGAAAUCUGAGUGACAGGGAGAGUGCACAGUCCUUCGAGAUGUCAAGAAACGUGCCUUUUCUGUUUCCUAUGCUUCGACUGGAACCGUUCCCAUCAACUUCAGUCAUCGUGCCAUAGCAAUGGGAAGAAGACCCGCUGCCAAAAUGAAUCAAAUAAACACGCAGAAGAGCCUGUUGUUCGAUUACCUCAUUACAUAUGUUGCUGUAAAAUGGGCUACCUGUGCUGUGUUUUUGGAGCUGUCACGUUCAGCUCUGUUGUCUCUCAGCCCUCCAGGGUCUCAUGAGGCGACCAUCUGUUCGCGCUGAAUCUCAUUUUUCUUUCACACUGUGGGCAGAACAGCCAGAGAGCUGGACUCCUGUCAUUCAUCUCCGGAGACAUUAUCGAUCAUUUUGUCAUCUCAUACUGCGGUGGCUGUUUAUAGCCCAUCGGCCUGCUGUGGAAGGACUACAACUUUAAUGACUGCAGUUUGGAAGCUUUAGGUUUUGCAGGAUCAAUAAACAACGCUAGUAGCUACCUAGAAAACGUACAAUUAUUCCUACAUUGUAUGUGGCUUUGCAUAUGUAGCCUGAAAGUAAAAAAAUAAAAUAAUGAAAAUAACAAGUAAAUAUCAAGAUCUGUUAAAAAAAUAAAAACAAAUAUACACAAUGCAUGGUUAUUAAAAGACGACCAUAGCAGCUAGCUGGAAAAACUUAAAGAGUUACAGCUGUUAUAAUGUUUCUUUUUCGUACAAAAACAAAACAAAAAAAAAGUUUGGCUUUCACUCCUAAUUUCUGCUAAUUCACAGUAAAACAAAUGUGUUUUUGUAUCGUCUAAUUGUGAAUUAACACUAGCAUACCAACAACUGCAGCAUAUUAAGAUUUCCAGCAGCCUUUAAUGUACAAAAUUUUUUUACGCCUUUUUCAACCGGCCUUUUAUUUCUGUCGGGAUUUUACAUGUCAACACUGAUUCUGUUCAUGAAUGUGAUGCUGUUGCUUUUAUACUCACAAGCAUGUUUGCCUCUGUGUUUACUUGUUUUUCUAUCAGCCAUACACCUCAGUUCUGUGUAUUUUCCAUUAAACUGUAACAUGAACAAAAUAA